AUGCUGCUGCUGCUGGCCCUGCUCUGGGGAACAGCGGGGGUGGAGGGAUGGGGAGGGGAUAGGGGAGGUUACAGGCUGCAAGUGCAGAGUGUGGUGACGGUGCAGGAGGGCCUGUGUGUCCACGUGUCCUGCUCCUUCUACUAUCCCCGGCACGGCUGGAACCACUCUGACCCAGUUCACAGCUACUGGUUCAGGGAAGGGGCCAAUCCACACCAGGAUGCUCCCGUGGUCACAAACAACCCAGCUAGGAAAGUGCAGGAGGAGACCCGGGGCCAAUUCCACCUCUUAGGGGAUCUUAGGAGGAAUGACUGCUCCCUGAGCAUCAGAGACGCCACAAUGAGGGUCGAGGGGUCAUACUUUUUUGGGGUGGAGCGUGAAUUGAUGAAAUGGAACUAUGAACAAAACAAGCUGGUUGUGCAGGUGACAGCCCUGACCCACACGCCCGACAUCCUCCUCCCGGAGACCCUGGAGUGUGGCCACCCCAGCACCCUGACCUGCUCUGUGCCCUGGGCCUGUGAGCAGGGGACGCGCCCCCAUAUCUCCUGGGAGGGGGCUUCCGUGGCUCCCCAGGGCCCCACCAUCGGCCGCUCCUCAGUGCUCACCCUCGUCCCUCAGCCCCAGGACCACGGCAGCAGCCUCACCUGCCAGGUGACCUUGCCUGGGGCCGGUGUGACCACGACGAGGACCGUCCACCUCAACGUGUCCUACUCUCCUCAGAACCUGACCGUGACUGUCUUCCAUGGAAACGGCUCAGAAGUCACUGGCCUUGGGAACGGCUCAUCUGUGUCAGUCCUGGAAGGCCAGUACCUGCGUCUGGUCUGCGUUGUCAACAGCAACCCCCCUGCCAGGAUCACCUGGACCUGGGGGAGACUCACCCUGAACCCCUCCCAGCCCUUGGGCCCUGGGGAGCUGGAGCUGCCUCGAGUGCACCUCAGGGAUGAAGGAGAAUUCUGCCGAGCUCAGAACCCUCUGGGCUCCCAGCACGUCUCCCUGAGCCUCUCCCUGCAGACUAAGGACACAGCCACAGUGCAGCCUGUCUCCGGGGUGAUGCUGGGGGUUGUCUGGGGAGCUAAAGCCACAGCCCUGGUCUUCCUGUCCUUCUGCGUCAUCUUCAUCGUCGUGAGGUCCCGCAGGAGGAAGGCGGCAAGAGCAGCAGCGGGCGUGGGGGACACAGGUGUGGAGGAGCCAGACGCUGUCAGGGUCCCAGGCUCUCGGGUGUCCCUGAUUGAACCCCAGGCAGGUGACAGCCGCCCAGACCAGGCUCCCCCUGCUGUGGCCAGCCCCAUCUCAAGGCAGGAACAAGAGGUGCAGUAUACAUCCGUCAGCUUCCUGAAGAGGAAGGCUCAGGACACUGUGGGACAGGAGGCCACAGGCAGAGAGUACUCAGAGAUCAAGAUCCGCCAGUCCCAUGGGCCUCCUGCUGCCCAGGAGACGUCCUUGUAUGAGAGCUGGGGGGCGGGCAUCUGGGCAGACGGGCACCCAGGCAGAUGUGACUGCAGGGUGGAAGACCAGAAGUCGUCCAAGUUCCAUAGCUCCUUUGACCCACAAAUUUUGGGGGCUGCCUCCAGCAUGGGGAUGGAGUAUGAGCUGUGUUAUGCCUCCAUCAGCUUCCCUAGAAUGAAUCUUUCGGAGAGCACCGCCAGUGACUGCUCAGAGAUCAGGAUCCAGUAG